CAGCAGCCAGGAGGACGUGUGGAGUUCACUGCCUGAGGCUGAACUGAUGAGAAGAUUCAUGGACGUAGUGUGGAGUCACCGCUCCGUCGACUCCUGCCACAAACUCCAGGCCCUCGAUAUGUUCAAGAGGGCCCUCUCAGUCCAGGCUCCUGAGUUUCGGGACAACUACCAGAAAGACGCUCACGAGUUCCUGAUGACGGUCCUGGAUCAGAUGAGGAGUUUGUCCCCUCUGCUGCAGGAGGUCGCCGCCAGCUUAGGAAAAAGCUACAGAUGCCCCGUCGAGGACCACCUGGUGUUCAAGAUGCAGAACACCAGGACCUGCAAGGGCUGUGGAGUCCGGUUUACACAAGUGGAGAACUUCACCAUCCUGUCUCUCAACCUGGUGCCGGGAGAUUCAGUCCAGGAACUGCUCCAGGAGUCCCUGAUGGAGACGGACUUGGAAUUCAGGUGUGACUGCGGUGCCAACACAUCCAGCCAGCAGUCCACCUUUGCGACCCUGCCCAAAGUGCUGAUACUGCAUCUGAAGCGUUUUCGCUACACUCCGCUCCUGCAGCUGGAGAAGCUGAGCGACCCAGUUGACCUCUUCAGGGAGCUGCUGGUGACCUCCAGCCAGGCUGAUGGUUGGUACAGUCUGGUGAGUGUCAUCAGCCAUCUAGGCACCGAAGGGAACAGAGGACACUACGUGAGUAACGGGGUGCACCCAGAUGCAGAGCUGGAUGACCCCGAUGACCGCUGGCUCAACUACAACGAUUCAAAUGUCACAGAGACAACCGGGGCGUCCGUCUGCAGUCUGCGUCAGCAAACCGCCUACAUCCUUUUCUACCAAAGACGGAUGUAGAGCAGUCUGGCGAUGGGGGAACAUGAUCGAUCCCAGGUGAGCGGCCACGGGAACGUCACAGGUAAGUGUGUUGUUUCCAUCUCUGUUGUCUUCUUGCAGGUGGCGAAGGGGCGAUGGUGGAGGUUCAGG